UGGGGGGGGGAGAGAGCCCCAAGCCCCGAGUGUUGGGGACCCGGAGGCUGCACUUGCUUCCCCAGCCAGCUCCUUACUUGCCCGAUGCCGGCACAGCCGCCUUCCCACUGAACUGCAGCCCCCUCCCCCUUACGCUUUCCUUCCUCCGAUUCUCUGCUCUCUCAAAGGGCGAAAAAUACAAUGGGAGCCGACCGUUCGACCUCUAAGCAUCAGGAGAGGGCCUCUCACUGAAUACACAGGAGACCGGCCGUCUCCGUAUCCUGCAAACCCCACGAGGUCCACCUCCGGCUGGAGGCUUUGCCUGGCUUGCUGCCUCCGCCUGCCCGUCUCUCUCUCCGCGCGCCCACUUCGACGCUCCUUCACACGAGCAGCCCUUGCCCGCUCCCCUCCCAAUCGCACUCCCGCCUCCUCCUUCCCUCCCCCGCAAGGACUGCGGCUGAACGCGCUUCUCCGCCGCGGUGACGCGAGAGGCAGCGGGCUGGUUCGGUCUGUCGAUCCAUCCGUCCCCAGUCAGUGGGACUCCCCCGAUCGCGCUGCUUCUCGAGACCAUGCUCCCGCCAGCGCAGCAACCGAGCCCUGACAGCGCCCGGGCAGCCCCGGACAGAGAAAGGGCGGGUUCGAGGAGGGCUCAGUGAGGCCGGCGGUCUCUUUCCCUUCUCAACUCUCUCUCUCUCUUCCCCCCCCCCUCCCCCCCCCCUCCCUUCCCUUCCCCGCCCCCCCCGACGUCUUCCCCCGACGUAGCAUACCAUUGCUUCCAUCGCCGGCAUCCCUACAUCGAGCCACAGGAUCUGACAGUCAAGAUGCUGAUAAAAGAAUAUCAUAUACUGUUGCCCAUGAGCCUGACCGAAUACCAGGUGGCCCAACUUUACAUGAUUCAGAAAAAAAGCCGUGAGGAAUCCAGUGGCGAAGGCAGUGGGGUUGAAAUCCUGUCCAACCGACCAUAUGAUGAUGGUCCAGGAGGAAGUGGUCAAUAUACACAUAAGAUCUACCAUGUGGGCUCUCAUAUUCCUAGUUGGUUCCGUGCUCUCCUACCUAAGGCUGCUUUGCAGGUGGAGGAAGAAUCUUGGAAUGCCUACCCUUACACACGGACCAGAUACACAUGCCCCUUUGUGGAAAAAUUUUCAAUAGAGAUUGAGACUUACUACCGACCAGAUGCUGGAAAGCAAACCAAUGUGUUCAAUCUAAAUACCACAGAGCGCAGGCAAAGGAUUGUGGAUACUAUUGAUAUUGUACGGGAUCCCAUCUCACCCAGUGAAUACAAGAUAGAGGAAGAUCCACGACUGUACCAUUCGAUGAAGACGGGACGCGGACCUCUAGGAGAUGAUUGGCUAGACAGUGAAAAUACUGGGCCUUUUAUGUGUGCUUACAAGCUUUGUAAGGUGGAGUUUCGCUAUUGGGGCAUGCAGUCCAAGAUUGAACAAUUCAUCCAUGAUGUAGGUCUACGGAAAGUAAUGCUACGAGCUCAUCGCCAGGCCUGGUGUUGGCAGGACGAAUGGAUAGAUCUCACAAUGGAUGACAUUCGAAGGUUGGAGGAGGAAACAGCUCGUAUGCUGGCUCAGAAGAUGGCUACAUGCGUGGAACCUGAAUUAGGUCCUGGUGUGCCCAACCCUGAGUGUCCAGCUGAGUUAGGUGACCAUGAGACACAGGACAGAGUUGACAGCCUGAGGGCUCCCGAUUCCUCUCCAGAUGACCCGUUUGCAAAGCAGUGGUCAACUUCUUCUCGGUCCUCGUACUCUUCUCAACAUGCUGUUGCGGUAUCUCCACACAGUUUAUCAGAAUGGCGGAUGCAAAAUAUUGCACGGGACUCUGAGAACAGUUCCGAAGAGGAAUUCUUUGAUGCUCAUGAGGAUUUGUCUGACAGUGAUGAUGUGUUUGCAAAGGAAAUCACUAAGUGGAAUUCAAAUGACUUCCUUGAUACUCUGGAGCGACCCAAUGAACGGGAUGAGGUUCUAGUUGAUGCGAUUGGAGCAACCAAGUCAGAUAGUGAUGGUGCCCCCGUACCUGGCCCACCAGAGGUUGGCUCAGAAGGGCUCUCUGGGACCUGCCGUAUUCAUGCCCUUUUCCUGAUCCUCCACAGUGGCAACAUCCUAGACCAGGGUGUAGGAGAACCAGGCUCCAAACAGGCUGAUGUACAUACACUCACUGCUACCUUGGACUCAGUCACCCGACUGCACUUUCCUGAAGCAUUGGGGCACAUAGCAUUACGCCUAGUGCCCUGUCCACCGAUCUGUGCUGCUGCCUAUGUCCUGGUCUCCAAACUCAGCCCCUACAGCCACGAUGGCGACAGUCUGUCCAGUAGCCAAGAUCACAUCCCACUGGCUGCUUUGCCUCUGCUUGCAACCUCCUCGGGCAGUUAUCAGAGUGCCGUGGCAACAGUCAUUUCUCGCACCAACCAGGCUUAUGCCAGUUUCAUCCAUUCCCCUGAUGGCAUGGGCUUCUGUGGCCAGGUGCUGCUGAUUGGAGACUGUGUUGGGGGUAUCCUGGCCUUUGAUGCUCUUUGCCACAGUCGUGCUGGUGGGUCAGGAAGUCAUGGGAGCAGCCGUCGUGGCAGCAUGAAUGCUGAUCUCCUGUCUCCAGAGACUUCUGUGGUGCGAGACCCACUGCUCAAGAAGCCAGAAAUAUCAGGAGGGAUUGGCCGUGCCAGUCCUGAGCCAGGAGUACUUCCUCUUACUCCGAAAUAUUGCGACAGCGUAGCUCCAGAGAGUGACUCUUUACAACAGCAACAAAUCUUGUCCAGCCUGCAGUCUAGCGUGCCUGCCUCAGAAACAGAAGGAGACCCCCGACGCAGCAGUAACUCUUCAUCUUCGUUGGUGGAGACUUUUGAAGGCCCUAACAUGGUUGGGAAGCUGGAAUUUAAAGUGUCUGGUUUUUUCUUAUUUGGCUCCCCUCUGGGAUUGGUACUUGCACUUCGUAAGACAGUAAUGCCCGCCCUGGAUGUGGCUCAGAUGCGUCCGUCCUGUGAACAGAUCUAUAACUUGUUUCAUGCUGCUGACCCCUGUGCCUCCCGCCUAGAACCUCUGCUAGCUCAACAGUUUCAUGCUGUACCUCCUUUUGGGGUCCCCCGCUAUCAGAAAUAUCCCCUGGGAGAUGGCUCGUCCACUUUAUUAGCCGACGCCUUGCAGAGUCAUUCUUCCCUCUUUGUGAGUGAGCUAGACCUUGUGACACCACCCACUCCAACAGGUGCAUUUGGGGGCUUCUGGAAAGGAAAUGAGGGAGCUGCAAGUGACAGCACUGCAACCAGCACCAAUGAAGUUGUCAAGAUUCUGGAUCGUUGGUGGGGUUCAAAACGCAUCGACUAUUCUCUCUACUGCCCCGAGGCACUCACGGCCUUUCCCACCAUCACCCUGCCUCAUCUUUUCCAUGCCAGCUAUUGGGAAAGUGCUGAUGUGGCUGCCUUCAUCUUACGCCAGGUGAUUGAGACGGAGCAGCAUCAAGUGACUGAGAAUGAGGAGAGUUCGAUCUACAGCCCAGCAUUUCCCCGUGAAAAGUGGCAGCGCAAACGUACGCAAGUGAAGAUCCGGAAUGUUACAGCAAACCAUCGUGCCAGUGAUGCGAUUGUGUGUGAGGGACGACCCCAAGUCCUUAGUGGGCGCUUCAUGUAUGGUCCACUUGAUGUGGUAACUCUCACUGGAGAGAAGGUCGAUAUCUACAUCAUGGCACAGCCAUUGUCAGGGAAAUGGGUACAUUAUGGCACAGAAGUGACAAGUGGUAGCGGGAGGCUUUCUUACACCCUUCCUGAAGAGAAGAUGCUGGGCAUUGGCAUGUACCCUAUCCGUAUGGUGGUGAGAGGUGAUCACACCUAUGCUGAAUGCUUUCUGACAGUGGUAGCUAAGGGCACACCUUGUGUCGUCUUUAGUAUUGAUGGUUCCUUCACAGCUAGUGUCUCCAUUAUGGGCAGUGAUCCCAAGGUGCGAGCAGGUGCUGUUGAUGUGGUAAGGCAUUGGCAAGAUUCUGGUUUCAUGAUCAUCUAUGUGACAGGGCGUCCAGACAUGCAGAAGCACAGAGUGGUGGCUUGGCUUACCCAACAUAAUUUCCCACAUGGCAUUGUCUCUUUCUGUGAUGGCCUCACGCAUGACCCUCUUCGCCAGAAAGCUGCCUUUCUACAGGGCCUUCAGCAAGAGGCAGAGGUCACUAUUGUAGCUGCAUAUGGUUCCACCAAGGACAUCUCAGUUUAUAGCUCUUUAGGGCUCCCUUCAUCCCAGAUCUACAUUGUGGGUCGGGCUGUGAAGAAACUGCAAAGCCAAUGCCAGUUCCUUUCAGAUGGCUAUGUUGCCCAUCUAGCCCAGCUGGAAGCAGCCUCCCUCGCCCACUCGCCGAAAGGAACCACAAGGCCCACCUUGGGCAAAGGCAGUUAUGGCUGCCCUGCUCCUGUCGACUUCCUGCGCAAGCAGAGCCAGCUGUUGCGCUCCCGGGGACAGAGCCAGGUGGAACGAGAGGGAAUUGGAAGCACCCAGCCCCGAGCCAAAAUCCGGAGUGUCAGUCUGAAGCUGGAAAAAUGUGAGGCCUGUUAAGACUGGGUUAUAUCCAUUCUCCCAGCCUGUUCAUAGGUGAGGCAGUGGCCCCCAUAAUUUCUCAAGUCUUCCCACAAUUCUCUCCAGUUUAAGGUAGGGAGUAAUGGUUCAGAAAAAAAAUGCCUAUAUCUAUAUAUCUAUAUAUCUCCAUAUAUGGAUUCCAGCAUGGCCAUUUCACUUCCGAGGCUGAGCGCCUUGCUCCAGCCUCUACUUCAGUUGUCAGCCUUCAUCCUGCCUAUACCUCGUUGGUCGUUGGAUAUCUGCAUGAUACUGCCUUUCUGUGCAUGUAUUGUGUCCGGAAUGAGAGCACAGGAGUGUCAGGUUUAAGGAUGAAUCUGUACUUCCUUUCUGGACAUUUGGGGGGGUGGGGGGUGGGAUUUGCUUCACAGCGUCCGAAUUGCUGGGAAGUAGAGAGGCAGAAAGAAGAACCCUGCUUUGGAGGACUUAUGGGAGUUUUGCGUUCUUUCAAUGUGUUCACAAAACAAUAAAAUUUAAGUAUUAAACAUUGUAAA